ACCAGAGACUGAGAGCAGAGUCUCCAGGGUCCAGCUGUCUGUCUCUGAAGAGUGACCGGUCCAUGGAACAACCUCCCCUCUUCAGUAAUGAACCUGGACCCUCACACACAGAGGAGAGGAAGAGGAGGAGUCAUGUUUCUGAGGAGGAGCAGUCGUCCUGCUGUGCUUCGUGUCAGGACGUCCUGAAGGAUCCAGUCUCCACCAGCUGUGGACACUGGUUCUGCAGACAGUGCAUCACCUCAUACUGGGACCAGUCUGGUUCUUCAGGAGACUCCUUCUGUCCCCAGUGUGGACAAAGAUCCAGAACAGGAGCUGGAGCUCAGACAGCCGAUCGUGGUCUUCAGGAGGUUUUAGAUGAACAUCAGCUCAGUCUGAGCAGGAGAUGUGAACAUGUGACUGAAGGAAGUGAUGCAACAGGAAGUAGAACCCUCCUCAACAGGAUCUACACUGAGCUCUACAUCACAGAGGGACAGAGUGAAGAGGUUAAUACUCAACAUGAGGUGAGGCAGCUUGAGACGGCUUCCAAGAAGAAGAUCCUCCACGACACUCCCAUCAGGUGCCACGACAUCUUUAAAGCCUCCACUGACCAGCAGAGCAGCAUCAGAGUCGUCCUGACGUACGGCGUCGCUGGCGUUGGAAAAACCUUCUCGGUGCAGAAGUUCGCUCUGGACUGGGCAGAGGGUUUAGAGAACCAGGAUGUGGGUCUGCUGACUGUGCUUUCGUUCAGGGAGCUGAACCUGGUGAAGGACCAGCAGCACAGUCUCCUCACGCUGCUCCGUGUUUUCCAUCCAGCGUUACAGAAGCUCACGGCAGAGACGCUCGCUGUCUGUAAACCUUUGUUCAUCUUUGACGGCCUGGAUGAAAGCAGACCUUCUCUGAACUUCAACCACAGGAAGCUUGUGUCUGAGGUCACACAGAGGUCAUCAGUCAACGUGCUGCUGACAAACCUCAUCCGGGGGAAUCUGCUUCCCUCGGCUCUCGUCUGGAUAACCUCCAGACCUGCGGCGGCCAAUCAGAUCCCUCCUGCAUGUGUCGACAGGGUCACAGAAGUACGAGGCUUCACUGAGGCCCAGAAGGAGGAGUACUUCAGGAGGAGAUUCAGUGAUGAAGAGCUGUGCAGCAGAAUCAUCUCACACAUCAAGACGUCCAGGAGCCUCCACAUCAUGUGUCAAAUCCCAGUCUUCUGCUGGAUCAGUGCUACAGUUCUGGAGCACAUGUUGACCACAGACCAGAGAGGAGAGCUGCCCAAGACCCUGACUGACCUGUACUCACACUUCCUGCUGGUUCAGACAAAGAGGAAGAACAACAAGUACGGUGAGGGACAUGAGACGACUCCACAGCAGCUGACGGAGGCUGACAGGGACGUUCUCCUGAAGCUGGGGAGGCUGGCACUUAAACAUCUGAGGGAAGGAAACAUCAUGUUCUACCAAGAAGACCUGGAGCGGUGUGGUCUUAAUGUCACAGAGGCCUCGGUGUACUCAGGAGUUUGUACUGAGAUCUUCAGAAGAGAGUGUGUGAUCUUCCAGAAAUCAGUCUACUGCUUUGUUCAUCUGAGCGUUCAGGAGUUUCUGGCUGCAGUCUACAUGUUCCACUGUUACACCGAGAGGAACACAGAAGAACUCAAGAACUUCUUGGGAACAGAUGAGGACACAGAAGAACUCAACAUCUUCUUGGGAAUGCGUAAGAAAACAGACAGUACCUUCUCCCUGGAUGACCUCCUGAAGAGAACCAUGAAGAAAUCCCUCACCAGUACAAAUGGUCAUCUGGACCUGUUUGUUCGCUUCCUUCACGGCCUCAGUCUGGAGUCCAACCAGAGAGUCUUAGGAGGCCUGCUGGUUCGGACAGAGAACAAUCCAGAGAUCAUCCAGAGAGUCAUCAACAACCUGAAGGAGAUGCAGAGUGAUGACAUUUCUCCUGACAGAAGCAUCAACAUCUUCCACUGUCUGACUGAGAUGAACGACCACUCAGUUCAUCAGCAGAUGAAACAGUUCCUGACGUCAGGGAACAGAUCAAAGGAGGAACUCUCUGAGAUCCACUGCUCAGCUCUGGCCUACAUGCUGCAGAUGUCAGAGGAGGUUCUGGAUGAGUUGGACCUGAAGGAGUUCAACACAACACUCCAGGGUCUACUGAGACUGAUCCCAGCUGUGAGGAACUGCAGGAAGGCUCGACUCUGGGCUUGUAAACUCUCAGUGACUCACUGUGAAGUCGUGGCCUCAGCUCUGAAGUCAGACCCCUCACACCUGAGAGAACUGGAUCUGAGUGUAAACUACAAGCUGCAGGAUUCAGGAGUGAAGCUGCUGUGUUCUGGACUGGAGAGUCCAAACUGUCGACUGGAGACUCUGAGGUUGGAGAGCUGCAGACUGUCAGAGAUCAGCUGUUCUUCUCUGGCUUCAGCUCUGAGGUCAAACCCCUCUCAUCUGAGAGAACUGGAUCUGAGGUUCAACAACCUGCAGGACUCAGGAGUGAAGGAGCUGUGUGGUUUUCUACAGAGUCCAACCUGUCGACUGGAGACUCUGAUGUUGAAUCACUGCAGACUGACAGAGAUCGGCUGUUCUUCUCUGGCUUCAGCUCUGAGGUCAAACCCCUCUCAUCUGAGAGAACUGGAUCUGAGAGACAACAACCUGCAGGCCUCAGCAGUGAAGGAGCUGCUUGAUCUACAGCAGAGUCCAACCUGUCGACUGGAGACUCUGAGGUGGGGGGAGAUCUAAGUGGAGGUGAGUGUGAAGAGGACAGUGUGUGUGGACGGAGGCUGAGCUGUGUCCUGAGGAUCCAGAGGCUGAAGCAGCAGCAGCUUGUGUGUAGUCUCCAAUCUACACAACCCCUAACCUGCAUGUGUUUGUGAGAUGAAGCCGGAGCACCUGGAGAAAACACGUGGAGAACAUGCAGACUCCACACAGGAAGACCCAUCUGAACCGGAUUCAAACCAGCAACCUUCCUGCCCCGAUUGUAUUUAUUCACAUGAAGAAUGUGUUUAUUGAAAUGACACAACACAAGCAGAAUAUAUAAACCCUCUAUAAAGAGUCACAUACAGUGUGUUUAAGUUUGUCUUUAUUAUUUUCCACCUUUGUCCCUCAGUCUGUCUCCAUGUGUGUAGAACCACAUUCUGUGUAGAUGUUUGUUUAUGAUCUUAAAGUUCCUGGAUUCACGUCACAAAUUGAUUUAGUUCAACACAAAGUUCAACACAUUGAAAUCACUUUGAGUUUAAAAUCAGAGUUUUGUCUUUGACACAAAAGAUCAAAACUCUGGACUUAAAACUGAACGUUUUCAUUUCUGCAUCAGGUGCAGAGCGGUGGUGGCUUUUCUACUUUUGACCCACAGGUGGCGCUGCAGUAUAACAGCAGCACAUCCCAGUCAAAGCCUUUAUAUUCAGUCUAUGAGUCAAACACAUGGAUAAUUUCCUCUGUGACAAACCAGAUGUAACGAGAAGAAAAACAUCUCAGAGAGAAAAGUUCUGUUUCUACUUGUCUUUGCUUUAAUGCUCAAUAAACAUCCUUCCACCGA